UCAGAUCCAAACUUGGUCUCAGUGACCUCAGCGUGAGAGCAUCAGUGCAAUAUGAAACACCUUGUCCUUUUCGUCUGGCUCUUGUUCAUCUCUGAAGCACAAAGUCUUGAAAUAAUCGCAGGUGACUUUACUGAACUGAAUGGCUUUGGAGUUCCUGAAUCUGAUAAACUUGGAGGUGGUCCUCUUGUCAACAUAAACACAUAUGGAAAACGCCAUAAGAGAAGUAAAGAUGGAGGAGACAAAGAGGAGGAUCACACUGAUGACCAGAUCGUCAUUCAAAGUUACAAAGUUAAGUCCAUCAUCACUUCACGCUUUGCUGAAACAGUCUUUAGCACGAAGGUCCACAACAAGGAAUCAAGUGCACAGAAUGUGGAAUUCAACUUAAGGAUUCCCAAGGGAGCGUACAUCACGAAUUUCACAAUGACUGUGAACGAUAUAACAUUUGUUGGAUCUGUGCAGGAAAAGAAUUUUGCCAAGAGACUUUAUGCAGAAGCAAGAGCUAAAGGAAAAACUGCUGGGAUUAUUAGGACAAAUGGCCCUGAGAUGGAAAACUUCAAAGUUGAUGUGAAUGUCCCUGGAGGAAGCAAAAUCAGUUUUGAGCUGCACUGCCAAGAACUGUUACAGCGAAGACUGGGAUUUUAUGAGCAAAUUAUUAUACUUCAACCAGGAAGCUUGGUGAAGCAAUUCCAGGUUGAUGUCUACAUUUUUGAGCCACAAGGUAUCACCUACCUUGAAGCGCCUAAUAAACUUGGAGCACAGUUUGAUGGACUCAUCCACAUAACAAAAGGGGAGAAUAAGGCUCAUCUUACCUUCAAGCCAACUGUGGACCAACAAAGGAAAUGCCCGGGCUGUCCUGACACGGCUAUUGAUGGCAGCAUCGUUGUGAAAUAUGAUGUGAAACGGGAGCUCAAUGGAGGGACCCUUCAGAUUUCUGAUGGUUAUUUUGUUCACUUCUUUGCUCCGAUCAAUCUGCCACCACUUCUGAAAAACAUUAUCUUCGUCAUUGAUGUCAGUGGUUCAAUGUGGGGAAUCAAAAUGAAGCAGACCGUUGAAGCCAUGGAAACCAUCCUGGAUGAUUUGCGUCCUCAAGACCAAUUCACCAUCAUCGACUUCAACCACCAUGUCCGGUUUUGGAACCAACACCUGAUCCCAGCCACUCCGGUCCAGAUUGCUGAUGCCAAAAAAUACAUUCAGAAAAUCCAGCCCAAUGGCGGAACAAACAUCAACGAAGCAAUCCUCUCAGCCAUUCGUAUAUUAACGGAAGCUGAUAGCCAUGGUCUGCUGGAUCCUCGAUCUGUGUCACUGAUUAUUAUGGUUUCAGAUGGAGAUCCCACUGUGGGUGAAAUUAAACUGAGUACCAUCCAGAGGAAUGUCAGGAGACAAAUGCAGGAAGAUUUCUCCCUCUUCUGCCUUGGAAUUGGCUUUGAUGUGGACUACGAUUUCUUGGAGAGGAUUGCCCUCGAAAACCGAGGGGGAGCCCGGCGCAUUCAAGCAAAUGUCAAUGCAUCCAGCCAACUGAAGGAUUUCUACGAAGAGGUUGCCACUCCAGUGCUGAGAAAGAUUGACGUGCACUAUGGUGGUGAAAAUGUAACAGAUGUGACACAAAACAGCUUUGACAAGUAUUUCAGCGGCUCUGAACUAAUUAUUGCAGGAAGACUGACAAGCAAGGAUCCUUCAAUCUUACAAAGUCUGGUGUCAGCAAGCUCCGCAAGCAAUGAGCUACAAUUUGAGGUGGAGUCCCCAACAGACGAGCUUGACAAAAUUCUGGCAAAGCACCAAUAUGUCCUUCCCCAUUUUACAAAGCAACUUUGGGCCUACCUUACCAUUCGCCAGCUGCUUGCUGAGAGGGCAUUGGCUCAAUCCAGCAUACAGAAGAGGAAUAUUACAAGCAGAAUUUUAACCCUUGCUCUGGUUCACCACUUUGUCACCCCUGUAACCUCCAUGUUGGUGGAAAGCGAGGAGACUGGGCAAAGGCUGCUGGCAGAUUCUCCCAGGGACACCAGGAAUGGAUGCUGUACAGGAACACCUGUCAUUGGGAAGAAGAAACCACCUACUCUAUUUCCAAAACAACCUGAUUUAAUUUCUACUGCUCCCCCUGAACAAGCAACAGGCGUAAUUGAAUCGCAGAUAAAACCUGUCACUUCAGUUGAUAACGAUCCACACUUCAUCAUUCACCUGCCCAAAAGUAAACAAGUCAUUUGCUUCAAUAUUGAUCCACAGCCUGGAAAAAUUCUGAGCCUGGUGUCAGAUCCAAUCCAAGGCAUUGCAAUCAAUGGUAAAAUUAUCAGUGGAAAGAAAGCCAAAAAUAAGAAGUUGAACACCUACUUUGGAACAAUCGGGCUCCAUUUCACCAAAUUGAACCUAAGUUUUGAGAUCAGCACGGAGAAGAUUCGUUUGAAGGAUGGGAAUCAUAAAACUUUCCUUCAGUGGUCUGAGAACGCUAUGUUGACUCAUGCUAGUUUUGUUGUCAGAGUGAAAAAAAAUAGUAACGUCAUAAUCACCAUGGGCGAAGAUAUGGUCUUCUUGAUUUUACUUCACCGGGUCUGGAAAAAUCAUCCGACCAAUGUGGACUUCCUGGGAUUUUACACUCCUCCCACGAACAAGUUCUCAGCAAGUGUCCAUGGAUUGAUUGGUCAGUUCACCCAUGAACCAGAAGUAAAUGUGUACAACUUGCAUGCCAGCUUGGACCCAAGUAAGCCACAAGCCACUAUGGAAGUGAAAGGACACAAAAUUACUGUAACCAGGGGGUUGCAGAAAGACUAUAGGAUGGAUGCAGUAAAUGGAACAAACAUCCAGUGCUGGUUUAUCCAUAACAGUGGGAAAGGAUUUAUCGAUGGACAUUUUAAAGACUACCUAGUCCCACACCUUCACAGCUUCUUGGAGCGUCCAUGAGUGGUUUUAAGACACUGCAAAAGGUAGAUAUAUAGGAAUAUCAGCAGCACAGAAAAAUAAAUGCAAGCUAAUUGUGUGUGUAAAUCAGCAUUAUUAAACAUUGUCAUUGAAUAGUUUCAGGAAUGUUGCCUUGAAAUAGUAAUAGUAAAAUCAGUAUUGCCCCCCUUUGUGCUACUGUCUCAUAACCUUUUCAUAUACAUUUGUAUCAAUAUUACCACAAGCAAACAUUUAAGUAUUAAAGGGACAGAGGGUCUGUAAUACAGGGUUUACCAUGGUCAGGAGUGGCUUAAAUGUGGAGGUGGAAUACAUAAUGGUUUUAAAAUGUUAAAUUUUCUAGUUUGACAUGUUCUGAAAUCAAACAAUAGAAAUGCAAUGCUGCUGACUGUGGUAAAUUUUUUUUUAAAAAAAUUCACCUAAGUAGUGUUUUUACUCCCCCCCCCUUAUCUUACCAAGAAAUUAAGGUACUUUAUGAAAAAUGAUUUUAGUACAAGCACUGGUUCUUUGAACAGCUAAGUUAUUCCACGCAUGUUCCAUGAUAUCUGCUCUAAAAAUAAACUGUAUCCUAUCAAAAUGUUAGUGUCUUCCGUCCUCACUGGACACCUUACUUUUCCAGACCAAGUAAAUAGUUAACAAUGAGUAUAUUUACAAUAUCUGGCUGAGCAAAAAUUAAACAAAUUCUGGUUGAUAGCAUUAUCAAAAUUGUUCAGCCAUUGACUACCACAGAAAAUCCAAUGUUGUUAGAAGCUGCCUUAGAAAAACAGCACAAUUCAGGCCCUUCGGCCCACAAAGCUAUGCCAAACAUGUCCCUGCCCUAGAAAUUACCAGGCUUACCCAUAGCCCUCUAUUUUACUCAGCUCCAUGUACCUAUCUAACAGUUUCUUGAAAGACCCUAUCGUAUCAGCCUCCACCACUGUUUCUGGCAGCCCAUUCCAUGCACUCACCACUGAGUAAAAAAACUUACCCCUGACAUCUCCUCUAUAGCUACUUCCCAGCACCUUAAACCUAUGUCCUCUUGUGGCCACCAAUUCAGCCCUGGGGAAAAGCCUCUAAUUAUGUACCCGAUCAAUACCUCUCAUCAUCUUAUACACCUCUAUCAGGUCCCCCCAUCAUCCUCCGUCUCUCCAAGGAGAAAAGGCCGAGUUCCCUCAGCCUGCUUUCAUAAGGCAUGCUCUGCAUUCCAGGCAGCAUCCUUGUAAAUCUCCUCUGCACCCUCUCUAUGGCUUCCACAUCUUUCCUGUAGUGAGGUGACCAGAACUGAGCACAAUACUCCAAGUGGGGUCUGACCAGGGACCUAUAUAGCUGCAAUAUAAUAAUAGCUAUAUAGAUGAAAUAUUGUGGUGCAGAAUUAACACUGGUGAAUUCCAUGAAGACUUUUUCCAAAUGCUUGUGAUUAAAAUUUUUAAGCAGCACAUACUGAAUAAAGACUGUGUCCAACAA